AUGUCAAAGAAUAAUAAUAAUAGGAGGAGGAAUGAUGGAGACUCAACAGUACCAGCAAAGCUACUCACACCAGAGUCUGUUGAAGCAUUCCAAAAGAGUCUAUUGGGCAAUCUGAUAUCUGCAAUCAAGAUAUCGAAUCAAUUACCAUUGGAUGAGGACUAUUCAUAUUAUACGACAUACCCUGUGUUCAAGAACAAGAUGAAUCAAUUGGGUAAUAGACUGUUGACAUUGACACAGCGCUUCGUCACCUUUGAGAAUCAAAAGAACAAUCCACACAUCUUUGAGAAGCAUACUGCCGAGGACGUCGAUGACAUCUCCGAGCUGUUCCCAUCAGUAGUAGAUGUAGUAGAUACCAUCAUUGACAAAGUAGAUGGCUUCACAGAUCAGAUUGACAAGUCACAAACAUCGUCUCAACCAAACAUAUAUAUAGCAACAAGCAAGAUAGCUUCAAAGGGAGGCAAGUCAAACGAGUACAAUAUGUUCUAUGGAGCGAAUAUACAAAGACCUCAGAUGAAGUUUGAGGAACCUGUGGACAACUCAAUAUACCCAUUCAUUCCAAAGAUACAGGAGAAGCCAAAUGCAAUGGUACCUUUGGACCCGAUAUUCGCAAAGGCAAGGGUGGAGGUGGUACAUGGCAAGAUCUCCAGGACAAAGGAGCAGGAGAAGCUGGUCUUCCCCCAUCCCUACCAGCAUGAGCUGGACAACCUGCAGUACACGCCCAAGCAGACACAGUCCUGCAAGGAGAUGCUGUUCAAGGAGCUCGAUCAGACCGCCUACACAUGGAUCGACAAGAUCGACCAGCUGAAGGAGCUGCGCGACAAGCUCAAUCAGGUCGAUGAGUUCGCUGUCGAUCUCGAAGCGCACAACUACCGAUCAUUCCAGGGCUUUGUCUGUUUGAUGCAGUUGUCUACGAGGAGUGAGGACUUCAUCGUCGACACGCUGGCCCUGCGCUCGCACAUGCGUCUCCUGAACGAGCCUUUCACCAACCCGCGCAUUGUCAAGGUGCUGCACGGAAGUGACAGCGACAUCAAGUGGCUGCAGAACGACUUUGGAAUAUACGUGGUCAACAUGUUCGACACUGGCCAGGCGUCGAGAAUCCUCGAGUUCCCAUCGGCGUCGCUGGCAUUCCUCCUGCGCUUCUACUGCAACGUCGACGCCAACAAGAAGUUCCAGUUGGCUGACUGGCGCAUCAGACCCGUGCCCGAGGAGAUGAUCAAGUACGCCCGCGAGGACACUCACUACCUGCUCUACAUCUACGAUCGUCUGCGUAAUCAGUUGUUUGAUCACAAAGGCUCGGCGACAGCUGGCACCCUGGUGUUGGAGGUGUUGCGCCGCAGCAAGGAGAUCAGUUUGGUGCGAUACGAGAAGGAACCAUUCGAUGAGAAUCAAUCAUACAUUUCCUUUGCUCAGCGACUUGGACUCAAGUAUGGUGCGGCCCAGAUGCAGGCUUUGAAGGUGCUGUACAAUUGGCGCGAGAACAUUGCACGAGAGGAGGAUGAAAGUGUUCGAUACGUGCUGCCCAACUCAAUCAUUCAGUUGAUCGUCGAGAAGAAGCCAACGACGAUGGAGGCGCUGCUGGCAUGUUGCUCGCCCGUCCCACCAUACAUCAAGCAGCAUGGACAUGACCUGCUUCAAGAGAUCAUGAGGGCUCGUCUGAAAGAGAACCUGCCAGAGGGAGGCGUCAUGGGCAAGCCAGUGAGCGUACUGGAUAGGAUACUACCAAAGUCCCUUGUAAAGACACCAGCUAUAUCACAGCAGGAGCAACAACAGCAACAAAAUGCGACACCAACAAGCUCAAUAUCGACAAAGCAGGAGUCAUCGAUCAGGAGUCAAUGGCUGACAGACACCUCCAGCAACAUGGACGUGGAUGCACCAGUGCAGACAUUUAUCUCUGCCGUUCAAAAGCGCACCGCGAGCAUCUCGACGGCCAACAUUGAUAACCAUUCCAAUGGCACACUACCAAAUGGAUUGAACUUCAACUCGGACGAAGAGGACGAAGACGAGCAGGCUAGAGCACACAAGAAGAUAGCAUUGAUGGUUAAGUCAUCGUUUGACCCAUCCUCUGGUACUGCUCCAGUGUUCAAACCAGUGAUAGAGUUGCAACAAGCAACUGUUGCCAAGACUGAUGAUAUUGAGGCAAUGAAUGUUGCCCCUGAACAAGCCAAAUCAACAGAUGCCACUGACACAAAGAAGAAGGAGGGCAAGGGCAAGAAACAGAAGCAAGAGAUUCCAAAGAGUCUCCAUGAGCGAUAUAACAUUCCAACAUCCACAAAUACUACGUCGACUACAUCACCAAUGGAUCUGGAUUCACAACAACAGACAUCUGCUGCUGACACUCAAUCAACAACCACGUCCACUUCCACUGCGGAAGUGUCAACAACUCCAAAGUCAAAGAAGGAUAAGAAGGAUAAGAAGGAUAAGAAGAUGAAGAAGAAACUGCAACAGCAACAACAACAGAAACAAGCAACAUCGAACCAAGCCAACAAUACCUCCACAUCCACUACCACAACUUCCACUACCAACAACAAGGAAUCGGAUGGUGUUGCGACAGAUGCACCAUUCGUUCCAUUCGACUACAGUGCACACGAACAGAAGCUUGAGAGUAGUGAUACCAAGCCUGGCACCAAACAACAUAACCAAAGCUUCUUCAACAUUGACUCCAAGGUGUCCUCCAAGAAGAGGUCAAGCACAAUGAGAUCAGGAGUCAACUCAACAAUCUUCCAAUCAAAGUCAAAGACCAAAAAGUAG